UAUCACUUUUAUAUCAAUGGAUCUGUCAAUCUUGAGCCUGGUAAGUCUUCAAAAUAUAAUAUGAGCCCGGAGUACCUAGACUUCGGCAACGACACAAAACCAACAGAGAUUAGAGAUACACGCUUUGAGAAAAUCGAAGUGAAAAAUUACUCUCGGAACAAAGAUAUGAUGAUAAUAUUCCAUACCCCAAAUAACCCAAAAUUUGUGUUCCACUUUGAACCACAAGUCGUCUUCUUAUCUCCAAGAAGAAUGAAAUUGGUGACAUGCUACAUGACUAUCAACUGCACAACACGAAUCCGUGGUAUGAAAAUACCGUACACUGUGUGGUUCAGUAAAUCAAAGUCAUCUCUGUUAGAAAUUGCUGAACAUCUGAAAGACAAGAACUUCGAUGUAUGGCAAGCGGACGAUCAGACUAAAAUGGACCAUUUGUGUAAAAAGGUCAUCAGACACAUUCACCACAAUUUCACAAUAUCAACAGACGCUGCAAGUUCCACGCACAUUGAUAUGGACGAGUUGAAUAUCUCUGAGAAUCCAAUAGCCGAAGGCGCAAUGGGUAGAGUGUACAUAGGAAGUUACCGUAGUGUUCCAGUCGCUGUAAAGCAAUUUCGAUGGGAGAGUUUGAGCACAGAAGAAGUUGAAGAGUUGAAAAGAAAUGUGAUCCAAGAGUGUGAAAUCAUGAGUAAACUCAGAAACCCGUUCAUUGCAAAUUACAUGGGUUCUGUCACUUACAUCCAACAAGUCUCCAUGGUGAUUCAAUUCUUUGUGUUGGGAUCUUUAGGAGAGUACUUAAGAAAGGAAAAGAUUGACUAUGUGCCGCUUCCAUACAAAUUAAAAGUUCGAAUGCUAUACGACACGUCAAGAGGAAUGGAGUUUCUUCAUGAAAAUCGAAUCAUGCACUUGGACUUAAAGCCAGAUAAUCUAUUGGUCAAUUCAUUAGACCCAAAUAGUGCGUGUUCCAUCAAAAUAACAGACUUUGGAACGUCCCGAUUCACUAAAAAGACUAUCAAAAAUAAAGAAGAUAAGGGUCUUGGCACACCCGCUUAUGCUGCUCCAGAAACAUUCCACGACGAAUACACAAACGCAGGUGAUGUCUAUUCAUUCGCUAUUACAGCAUGGGAAUUGUAUUACCAAGACGAGCCGUAUAAGACAUUUAAGUCGGUAUUUGAAAUCAAGACAUAUGUGGAGGAAGGCAAGAGACUUCAGAUUGACGAAGGAAUGCCGUACUUACUGAAGAACUUAAUUGAGACGUGUUGGAACACUUCAGCAACACUGCGCCCACAAUUCGACUCGAUCACCAAGAAACUUGUGAAGAUCGACGAGGACAUAUCGGACUUGAUGAAUCAAGAGUCCGUCAAUUAUCAAGAGAAAAUCGAGCAAGUCAUCAAUAAAAGAAUGGACCGGCUCAACUCCAGCAUCAACUUAAUAACAAAGGAAUAA